GCUCUUCAUUUCUUCUACGGAGUAGGGGCCUUCUUAAGCCCGAUGAUAGCUCAACCUUUUUUACUGAACGAAGACUGUUCUCCUUUUAUUGACAAUGCCACAGAAUCCGUGGCCGAGCCCGAGGAAAACAUCACCCUACCAGCCACUACAUUGGCCGAAGCUCAGAGAAAAACACACAUAGACUUUGCUUUCUGGAUUUUGGCAUUACUAAUGGUACCAGUUGUCAUCCUCUCCUUGACUCUAGUAGGAAAACAAAUACACCAAAAGAUGUUUCAAGUAAACUCGGUAGAAGCAACAGCAAAGAAGCCAAGUCAAUACGAAAGUAUGGAUAGUGAAACAUCCAUUCAUGAAGAUAAAGAAGUCGGAACACCUGCUACGACGUUCCAGGUGAUCCUGGUGACACUUUUGUGUUGUGGCGUUCUAUUUCUGUACGACGGCCUGCAGGCAGGCUAUGGGGGAUAUAUCUACUCAUAUGGUGUGAAAGGUCCAGCGCGACUGCAGAGAUCUGAAGCAGCUUACUUGAAUGCUUUGUUCUGGGGAGUGUUUGCUGGUGGGCGACUCAUUUCUAUCGCCUUGGCAACAAAACUCUCCCCGGCAUUCAUGUUGCUAAAUAACAUUGUAGGGUGCACGAUAGGAAUGAUUCUGAUGAUUAGUUUUCCUAGCAGCCAGACAGCGCUGAUUUUCGGGACUUGUUUGGUGGGAGUUUUCAUGAGCAGCGUUUUCCCGACAGCGCUUUCCCUUACUGAACAGUACAUACACAUCACCCCGACCAUUACCAGUGUUCUUGUAUUUGGAGCUGCUGCAGGGGAAAUGUCCAUGCCGGUUAUCAUUGGUCACGAAUUUGACAGAGCUGGUCCAAUUAGCUUCGUCGUUACUGGAGUGGUGUUAUGCUUUCUAUCGGUAAUUGUGUAUGUAGCGUUGUGGUUGGCCGGUCACAGUAUCAUACGCUUUUCAGCCUCAACCGGGCUGGUAGGAUUCCUUAGUUCAUGUAUCCCUCGCAAGGAUUCGGCUGAGAGAGAGGACUCGGGGUUGAUGAGGAAGCACGUGCGCUACUACUCACGUAUGACGUCAGAGCUAUCAGAAAGCAGCCUUGGGGACCAGUACAACGACACUACUUUCACAGAGGCUGACCCCACGAGAGAUAAACGUUAAAACCGUUGUUUCCCACUCUUUAUCGUGGUUCUUUAAGCUAUUUUUGCUUUUAUAAAAUUGUCUAUCAAUUUUUCAAUAGUAUUUUUUUUCCUCAUGAAUGUGUCCUUUGCUGUUCACUGGGUUCCUCCAGUUAUAAUCUAAAAAGAUUGUUUCACAAACAUUUGGCCACAACAACAGUGUUAGACGCGAUCACUAGAAGUUAAAAAGAACAACAAAAACCAUGUGGCGGUUUUUGACAUAUACCGUGCUACUGGAAAUACGUCAUAAUUUUACUCAAUACAAUGAUGCCAUUGUUAGUUACUGAUAAGUGCACCCCAUAUUAUAGGCAGUACAUUAAUGGUGUCCUAACCAAACUGAGUUUCAAACCGUUAGCUAGGUCAAUCCUUAAAAGAAAAAACUAGGUCUUUCCACGCUGUUGCAACAGAGUUACAGAAGAUAUCGUCAGAAGAACACUUUCCAAUUUCGUGAUUUCCUACAUGUCUAAUUUUGGUAAAUAUGUUUCUGUUCGGAUAUAUUGUUAUGCCUAGCAACUUUUGCCAAAUAUUAAAAAUAUCGAGAGGUUAUGCAUGAUAUGAUAACAUUAGAACUGAUUCUUGUAUUUCUUGUAUCAAGAGGUUAGUACUCUUUUCAAGAUAUUUAAUCUCAGUUGUUUUACUUCUGUUAAAGUUAUUCAUUUACUGUAUGCAAUCGAAAGGGAAAUAAAAAUUAGGUUAUGAAAUAUAGGUCAAUUCAGGAUGUUGAUUUAAAGAUUAUUUCUGGUUUUAUUUAUGUAUAUCUAAAUAUAUAUAUGUAGAUAAAAUAAUACCUUGUCUGGA